UACAAACACUUUCGAGCACAUUACAAAUCUAUCCAAAUGAAAGUUCGUUUGCUUGAGUUGUGUGAUAAAAAAAACUUGAAAUUAUUUGAAAAAAAGAAAAACUCUGAAAAAAAGGUUGAACUCGUUAAUACUCGCACUCAUACUUUUGGCUAAAACAGGCGCAAAUAUUUUGGUUAAACCAUAAAAACAACAACCAGCUAGAAUACCACAACAACUAUAAAGCCAAAGUGAGGUGACAAAGAACCGGAAACCACUUCCGGUGUUGAAAUCUGAUUUUGCGUUCAUUUCCCCGCUGCCGACCAUGUGAGUCUGCGUGUGGCGGCAGGCUUUUGGCUACCACCAUCAUCUUAUCAGGAUUAAGGAAUCAUGUUGCAGCGUUAGCCACAGCACAAUCAUUCCCCCCACAUUCACCGCAAAACUACUACCAGAGAGUGAAUACCAAAGCAAGAAAGGGAAGCAACAGAAGGCCCAAAUAUUUGAAAUUCAAUCGCAUACUUUGCCGUUUACAUGAAGUCUUGCAGUUAAAAAGCAAACCAAACCGAAUCAUGACUAUGUGGGUUAUGAUGAUAAUGACAAUGAAACCAAAGAAACCAACCAUAAUUCUAUUAGUAGCCUCCAUCCUUAGUUUAAGUUUCCAAGAGAUUUAUGCUCAAACCACUUGUAAGAAUGGCCUAGGACGUGUUCUCUACGAGCGUCUGCCAAAUCAACAACUUCAAGGGUACGAUGAUGAUGUGGUGCGCGACACAGCACCGCCUUUUCGCGUUCUAGAGAAAUGUCAGGACUUGUGCUUGCGUGAUCGCACUGGCACCAAUAAUCUGGUGCGUACCUGCACUAGUUUUGAUUUCCAGCCGGGCAGUCGGAUUACAGCAUUUGGCGGCAACAUGGAAUACGAAGAGUCAUUGUGCUACCUAACAUCCGAACAGGCUGGACCAGAGGGCAUUGGCAGUUUGAUGUUGGUGCCAAACAGUGUGCACUUCAAUGAGAUUUGUUUGACAUCAAGUCGUCCCGAAAGAGAAUGUCCCAGUCGGCGCUAUGUUUUUGAACGUCAUCCUCGCAAGAAGUUGAAAUUGCCCAUAUCGGACAUAAAAGAGAUAACAGCUGCAAAUCGUUCCGACUGUGAGGACAAAUGUCUCAAUGAAUUCUCAUUUGUAUGUCGUUCGGCUAAUUUCGACUCCACCAUGAGGUCUUGUACACUCAGCAGAUUCACCCGUCGCACUCAUCCCGAGCUGCUGGAAGAUGAUCCCAAUUCGGAUUACUUGGAAAAUACUUGUCUGAAUGCUGAGCGGCGCUGUGAUGGCUUGGCUGUGUUCGUUAAGGAGGAGAAUAAGCGAUUGGGCGGUCCCUUCGAGGUGGACAUUUUCAAUAACAUGACUUUGGAGGAAUGCCAGACAAUGUGCUUGAGAGCCGAAAAAUAUUUUUGCCGUUCGGUGGAGUUUGAUGAUCAGACCAAACAAUGCAUUUUAUCGGAAGAGGAUUCAAUCUCACAAAAGGAUGAUAUAAGCAUUAGUUCCAGUCCCACACAUCAUUUCUAUGAUCUGGUGUGUUUGGAUAAUCAACGAGCCACCGAUUAUCCUGAUAAUUCUGUGACAUCGCAUCUUUUCUCGAGUGGAAGAAGACCAGAUACAGCAUUUCAACGUUAUCGCAAUUCUCGUCUGGGAGGAGAAUUUCAUUCGGAAAUAACCGGGCGUUCGUUGAGCGAAUGUCUGGAUGAGUGUUUAAGGCAAACGAGUUUCCAAUGCAGAUCUGCUGUAUACAGUGAUCGUUUUCGUACAUGUCGUUUGAGUCGCUACAAUCAGAAGGAUGGCAUGCGCAUUAUUUAUGAUGCAGAUUAUGAUUAUUAUGAGAAUUUGAUGUUGAAUGUUGUGGGUGGUGCGGGCAGUGAUGGUCACUCGGGCAUUGGUGGUUCCAUGGGUGCAGGUCGUCCCUCCGAUCGUCCUGGUGGCGACAACACUUACGGCGGCGACAAUCGUUAUGGCAGUGGUGGUGGUGGAGUUCCUGGUGGCGGUGGCAGAUUACCUGGCGAUGAUGGCAAUUAUGGUCGCCCCCCUUACGAUCGUUAUCCUGGCGAUCCUGGCGGUCCUGAUUAUGACCGUUAUCCAGGUCAAGGUAUGCAUAGACCUGGUGGUGUAGGAGGAGGAGGAGGAGGCGGUGGUCCAGGGCCAGGACCUGGAGGUUUAAGGCCGGGUGGUAUGCCAGCAGGGCCAGGUGGGGGCCGUUACCCGGAUGACUAUGAUGACAGGGACAGGCAUCGUGAUAGAGAACGAGAUCGUUAUCCUCUGGGCGGUGGAGCAGGUGGUUACUAUGACGAUGAUCGUUAUCCCCUAGAUGCAGAUCGCAAUCGUUUGCCAGGAGAUCGUGACAGGGAUAGAGAUCGUUUGCCUGGAGAUCGUUUGCCUGGUGAUCGCUUGCCUGGUGAUCGCUUGCCUGGCGAUCGCUUGCCUGGUGAUCGCUUGCCUGGCGAUCGCUUACCCGGCAAUCGUUUACCUGGUGAUCGUGAUCGUGAUCGCGAUCGUUAUCCCGAUGAUCCAGAACGUUAUCCCGAUGAUCGUGAUCGUGACCGAGACCGCGAUCCUUAUGGCGGACCACAUCGCUAUCCCUCGGACAGGGAUAGAUAUCCACCUGCCGAUAGGUAUAGGCCUUAUGGCAAUCGUUAUCCGGAACGCCCUGGCUCAGGCCGCUAUCCUUAUGAUGAUCAAAUGCCUCCCAAAGAUCGUUAUGCUGAUCGUUAUCCCGAAGGUGAUCGUUAUGGCGAUCGUUAUCCCGGUACACCAGAUCGUUAUCUACCCCGAGAUCGUUAUACUCCCAUGCGUCGACCUGCAUAUCCAGCGCUUGAUGAUAAUAGUUUGCCUUCGGAUCUGCCUCAUACCAGGCCUUAUCCUCCCGAAGAUGAUGCCUCAUAUCGUCCCUAUUUGCCGGGACAUCGUUACUCUGAGGAGCGCUAUGCUGGUCGCUAUCCAAUGCGUUAUCCCCCUAUGCGAGAACCUGUGGGUGGCUAUACGGGACGUGAUGAUCCCGAAGGAAUUUUCCCUGAUCGCCGUUUUAGACCCUCGUCCUAUGACUCCAGAUAUCCCAUGAUUACAGAUGAUCUAAGGCAUGGCUCUGGGCCGCCCAGCAGAUAUGGUCCCGAUGCCCGCUAUCCCGUUGAUGAUAUAGUACAUGGAGCUCGUAGACCUGAACCGGAUUCAGCCAAACGAUAUCCCCCGGCACCCCUCGAGCCGCCCCCAGGAAAAUAUCCUCCCACUUCGCCCAAUAGAUUUCCGGUAGGUAAUGAUCGUUAUCCCAUAGAUAUAUACAAAUAUGGGAAUCGUUAUGGUGGCAGCUCGUCAGGGGGAGGAGGAGGUUACAGACAAGGUUAUAAUCGUCCUCCACUUCCACCCCCACCUUCGUACUACGACAUGGAAUAUGAGGAACGUUAUGGUGAUCGUUAUGGGCCCUACGAUAGCGAUAGGCCUGCGGGUCGCCGGCCCAUAUCCAAUGGCGGUGGUUAUGGCUAUGACAAUCCCUUCAAUCGUCCUUACCAUGGUGGUGGUGGUGGUGGCGCUGGAGGUGCUUUGCAACCUUUGCCCAAUGAUCAUCCCAUACCGGGUGCAUUGCCACCACCCUUGGCCCCGGUAGGUUAUGGGCCGGGAGGUCCACCUGGCAUACCUAGACCUCCCAUCACACGCUGCGAAGAGAGUGAUAAUUUCAAACAGGUGGCUGCACGUCAUAAGAUGAGACGCCAUUUUAUACGUCGUGCUUUGAUAGUGCCUUCCCUUAUACAAUGCGAGAGGGAAUGUGUGGAGAGUCGAGACUUUAUAUGUCGCAGCUUUAACUAUAGGGAUACCGCAGCCACCAAUUAUGAUGAACGUGACAUACCCAACUGUGAAUUGAGUGAUCGGGAUUCCCGUGAGCUAGAUGUUCAUGAUCCCAAUCUGUUUGAUGCAGCCAAUUAUGAUUUCUAUGAGAGAAGCAGCAAUGGACGUUCCGAUGGAGAAUGCAUGGAUGUUACCCAAACCUGCAAUGAGGAAGGCAUGGAAUUUACCAUACGCACCCCCGAAGGUUUUGUGGGUCGCAUUUACACCUAUGGCUACUAUGAUCGUUGCUUCUUCCGUGGCAAUGGCGGCACUGUAAAUGUCCUACGUAUUAGCGGUCCUCAGGGUUAUCCAGAUUGUGGCACCCAACGUUAUGGCGACACUCUGACCAAUAUUGUCGUCGUACAAUUCUCCGAUAAUGUCCAAACAAGUCGCGACAAACGUUAUAACUUGACUUGUGUCUUCCGUGGUCCUGGCGAAGCUGUUGUCACUUCAGGUUACAUUGGAGCUGGGUAUGUUAAGCAGGGUUUCGCGCAAUGUUUGCGAAUUUGUUGAAAGAGAGCAGUGUGGUAUCUUUUUGCAUGACAAUAAAAUUAUCUCUUAUUUAGUUUUGACACAAGUAGACUAAAGAAAGAUGCA